AUGGCUCAAGGAGUUUUGAGCUCGGACAUCUCCAGAAGAAACCCGCAGGAUGAUUACGAAUUAAUUCAACGGAUUGGGAGUGGGACUUAUGGGGACGUCUAUAAGGCUAAAAGGCUUUCUACAAACGAUUUCGCUGCUAUUAAAGUGAUAAAAUUAGAACCAGGCGACGACUUUGGCAUCAUACAACAAGAGAUUCUUAUGAUGAGAGACUGCAGGCAUCCCAAUAUAAUAGCCUAUUACGGUAGUUAUUUACGCCGAGACAAACUGUGGAUUUGCAUGGAAUUUUGCGGAGGUGGCUCAUUGCAAGACAUCUAUCACAUUACUGGUCCUCUUGGAGAGAACCAAAUCGCGUACAUGUGUAGAGAAACGUUGCUAGGCUUGCAGUACCUUCACACUAUGGGGAAAAUGCACCGCGACAUUAAGGGUGCGAAUAUCCUUUUGACUGAAACCGGUGAUGUUAAAUUGGCUGAUUUCGGUGUAUCCGCUCAAAUUACUGCUACAAUUAACAAAAGGAAAUCGUUUAUCGGCACGCCAUAUUGGAUGGCUCCGGAGGUGGCUGCUGUUGAACGUAAAGGCGGUUACAAUCAGCUGUGCGAUAUUUGGGCAACCGGCAUUACUGCAAUAGAAUUGGCGGAAUUGCAGCCUCCCAUGUUCGAUUUGCACCCGAUGAGGGCGUUGUUUUUGAUGUCGAAAAGCGGUUUUAAACCGCCUACUUUAAAGGACAAAGAAAAAUGGAGUUCGACUUUUCACAAUUUCGUAAAAGUAGCUCUAACGAAGAACCCAAAGAAAAGGCCAACCGCGGAAAAAUUGCUACAGCAUGCUUUUUUCCAAGGGGACAUGCACAGAAGACUGGCUUUAGAGUUACUGCAGAAAGUUAACAAUCCCUCGCAUAUGUUUACUGAUCUUGAACCCGAUGAAGAUGGGGCUGUACCGAACGUUCCGCAAAGAAUUGCAUCACGACUGACAUCAAGAUCGAAAUCCCAAAAUGUAGUGCUUUCGAAUAAUUCAGAUAUCGAUUGCAUAGAUGAAGUUAACAAUACUUUGCAGAGAUCCAAUAGUAAAGAUAUACCGGCCGUUAUAAUCGAAGAAAAACAGCCACAGUGGGAUUUGACGGAUAUAAUGAACAAUGUUACUAGCGUCCAUAACUGCAUCGAACAUCAGAAUCAAAAGUGCGGUAUAGGAAAUGCUUUCGAUUCGCUCAACAGGGAAAAGAGUCUCUUGCAGUACAUUGACGAAGAGUUGAUGAUGAGGGGCACCUACAAAUAUCACCAGUCGGAGUAUGAGCAACAAGCCACCCUGCCCGUACAGAGUCCCGAAGGCACCGCGAAAUGUGACGUUCACGCCGCCCCCAAGGAUCCGCCGUUCAACGGUUCGCCGCGCAGACAUUCCUCCGUCGACGAAAUCUUCGGCUUGGUCACGUCGAUGAAUUUGACGGGCCAAAGGCAGCGAUCGCUCAGCGACAGCAGCCGAACGGGCAGGACCCAUCGGGACAACAGGGAAGUCAACGGUACCGGCGACGAUGCGAAUCACGAAGGUAGCUCUAUAGAUAUGGUGACCUGUCCGCCGGUGCCGCCUCGGAAGCACAGGAGGCGGCACACGCCGCCGAGACCGCCCAGUAACGGUUUACCGCCCACUCCGAAAGUCCACAUGGGAGCGUGUUUUUCGAAAGUGUUCAACUGUUGCCCGUUGAGGAUCCAUUGCACGGUUUCUUGGAUCAAUCCCGAUACGAGAGACCAGCAUAUACUGAUCGGCGCCGAAGAAGGGAUAUACAAUUUGAAUUUGAACGAACUGCACGAGACCUGCAUCGAUCAAUUGUAUAAUAGAAGAACCGUUUGGAUGUACGUUAUAAAGGACGUAUUGAUGACGUUAUCAGGGAAAACUCCGAAUUUGUACAGGCACGAUUUGCUGGCGCUUCAAAACAAACAAUCGCACCGAUUCAGUUUGCACAUGAACAGGAUACCGGAGCGGUUCGUGCCGAGGAAAUUCGCCCUUACUACUAGAGUACCCGAUACCAGAGGUACUUUGAAGUGCUGCGUAGCCAGGAAUCCUUACAACGGUUACAAGUAUCUCUGCGGAGCUACCGCCAACGGGAUUUAUCUGAUGCAGUGGUACGAUCCGUUGAAUAAAUUCAUGUUGUUGAAGCACGUGGAAUGUACCCUGCCGAGUCCUUUGCACGUUUUCGAAAUGAUUAUUACGCCGGAAUUGGAGUAUCCGGUCGUGUGCGUAUCGAUCAAGCAGGCUUACCAGCAGAAUAGGUUUAAAUUAGAUUUGAUUAAUAUGAAUUCAGGUGCUAGUUGGUUCCAUUCGGACGAAUUGCAAGAUAUGGACGGCACGGCCACCGUGAUCCCGCGCCGUGAAAAUUUAGACAUAGUGAAUGUGACUCAAUUAGAUAAAGAUACGAUUUUAGUGUGUUACGAAAAUCUUAUUAGAAUAGUCAAUGCGCAAGGGAAGCCGAAAACGAACAAAAAGCAGGUUUCAGAAUUGCGAUUCGGAUUCAAAAUCGAAAGCAUUAUUUGUCUUCCGGAUAGUGUUUUGGCCUUUCACAAGCACGGGAUGCAAGGUAGAUCGUUGAAAAACGGCGAAAUUACGCAAGAAAUUAUCGAUACGGCGCGAACGUACAAACUUUUAGGAUCAGAUAAGGUCGUGAUGUUGGAGAGCAAUUUACUUCGAAGUGGCACAUUAUCAGCAGACGAAGGCCACGAUUUAUAUAUUUUAGCAGGGCACGAGGCCAGUUACUAA